AGAGAGCAUUGUUCCUUCGAAGUUCCAAGUGCUGCGUUUUGAUAGCCGUGCAAAAACGGCAUGAAAUUUGAAAUGAAAGGAGUGGAAUGCGAGCCGAGCAAUUAUGUAUAUGUACUAAUGUAGUCUUCAAUUUCAUUUUCAACCUCUGUUCUCAUAAAACCCUAGAAACAUUCAAACAAGGAUGUCUUGUUGGGCAUGCAAAAAAUGCACCUUUGUGAAUCUCCCUUCUCAAAAAGGGGAAUGCGAAAUCUGCUUUUCCCCCGCGUCCCCAUUGUCAAUGGGUCCUUCUUGUUCUUCGUCGCCCCCAAAAUGGUCGUGCAAGGCCUGCACUUUCUUAAACCCUUACAACAACCCUUCUUGCGAGGUCUGCGCCACUCGAUGCUCCGUUCUCUCCCUUUCCAAUCUCACCGACUUGAAUGACGCCACCGAUCACGAUUCUUCUGUCGGUUCUGUUUUCUUUCCUCUUCGAACCUGCAACAAGAGAAAGGCCAUUGAUGAUGACGAUUCUUCUGAGGUCAUCAAUUUCAAGGUCAAGCCAUCCAAUAUCACCGGUGAUGAGAAUAUCGACACAGGAAAAGCGUUUAAGAUAUUGAGUUACAAUGUUUGGUUCCGGGAAGACUUGGAGUUGCACAAGAGGAUGAAGGCUAUUGGCGACCUUGUUCAGUUGCAUUCACCUGACUUUAUCUGUUUCCAGGUUUCAAUAUUCAUGCUUACAAUUUUCAUAUUUGAUGAAAUUUUUAAUUUAUGUGGCUUUGUCUAUUUUGGACCGCUUCUGCCACAGGAGGUUACUCCCAAUAUAUAUGACAUUUUCAAGGGAUCCGCUUGGUGGAGUGUGUAUUGUUGUUCAGUUUCUUCUGAGAUGGCUUAUUCAAGACCCUACUUUUGUAUGCUGUUAAGCAAACUGCCUGUGAAAUCAUUCAGCAAUAAGCCCUUCAGCAAUUCUAUAAUGGGAAGAGAACUUUGCAUUGCUGAGGUUGAAGCUGCAAGUGGCAAGCCAUUGGUUAUUGCCACUAGCCAUCUUGAGAGUCCCUGUCCAGCUCCUCCAAAAUGGGAUCAGAUGUACAGCAAGGAAAGAGUAGUGCAGGCCAAUGAGGCUAUAAACCUUCUCAAGAAACAGCCAAGUGUUGUUUUUGGGGGAGACAUGAACUGGAAUGACCAACAGGAUGGUCAAUAUCCUCUACAAGAUGGAUGGGUUGAUGCCUGGUCUCAGCUAAGACCAAAUGAAAGUGGUUGGACUUAUGACACCAAGUCAAACCAGAUGUUGACAGGCAACCGUACUCUCCAAAAGCGAUUAGAUCGCUUUAUUUGCCAAUUCACUGAUUUUAAGAUAACCAGUGUUGACAUGAUUGGGAUGGAAGCAAUACCUGGUGUUUCAUACAACAAAGAAAAGAAAGUAAGAAAGGAGAUAAAACAACUGGUACUCCCAGUUUUGCCUAGUGAUCAUUAUGGCCUGCUUUUGACAAUUUCUAGUAAGUAAAGCCAGUCAGGAGAAUCUGGCUGGUGAAACCAUUGUUAUGAUGUUCUCACUCUCCGCUGUUGCUGUAUCUGCAUGCAAUUUUGUAUAGAACUUGUAAAUGGAGACGGUACUGACAUUGCAAAUGGGGACAAAGUGCAAAGUGCUGUAUUUUUCAGAACUUCUAUAGUUUUAUCUACCUUGGAUAGUAGAUAUAUAAUUUUCCUUUCUCGAUAUUGCAUUUGCUUUGCUUUUAAAUUUGAAGGUAUCAUACUAUUCUGUAAUUCUAUUAC